AUAAUAUAACGCUUUUCCAUGCAUUAUAGAAUGGAAAUAAGAAAUUUUCCAAAGUUCAAGAAUUCAAGAGAAUAAAGAGAUUCAAAGAAACCAAGUGGUAAAUGACAAAAAGAAUCAAACUAAAAAUGGGACAUCAAUAUCAAUGCUACGUAAAAUGUGUGAUUGGUCGAUGAAAUAGGCUGCAUAACUGUUGAUGCACAUCAUGAAAAUAAUUGAAGUGGAAUCACUGACACUCAGAUUUGGUGAGUCUCUGACUUUAGCCAAUCUAGUAUCAAUCAGCGAAUGAAGAACCGCAAAACAAGCAAAUCUCACUCUCUACUUCCACAUCUUUGAUUUUUGUACAUCCCCUUAUUGCUCACAUAUCAUAGCUAAACUGCAUAUCAGCAUGUGCGCCACAUGGGCUAAGGGCCUUUAUGUGCUAUCCAUAUUUGAUGUUUUCGCAAGGGGAAACUAUGUGAAGGUAAAUACAAACUUUCUUUUUAUAAACAAAUAAUUAAACUGUAUAUUAUUUUAUUUUUUGAAACACAAUUAAACUAUAUAUUAUAAAUCCGAAAAUUUCUAUAGAAAAGGAAUGGUCAGCCGUGGCUUUCGUAAAAGGGUAAAAUUUCGUAAUCAUUUUAGGUUUUUUAUUGCUUGUAAAAAGAUGUUAUAUAUAGCGAAGUUUCCUUUAACCAAUAAAAAGCUAUAUAGAGAAGUUUCACUUUCACACUUCACUAUGUAACACUCAUUUUUGGAAUUUCUUUAUUUUUUACUUAAAUCUGGUUUUUCUCUACAAAAACCUUUAUUUCUCAGAAUCAUAAACAACCUUCAUAGAUUCCUUCUGCAUUUUUCACAUUUAUUUUCUUUUUUAAGGAUUUGAUUUAUCAUAAAGUCAAUUUUUCAUUGUGAUUAAAUGAUGAACAAGAGAUGUGAAUCUUAUCUGGAGCAAGAAACAUGAGAUCUUUGAGCAGUGUGGGACUUGCUCUAAGCAUAGUCUUUGGUUGUUUGCUACUAGCUCUUCUCGCUGAGCUCUACUACUUGCUCUGGUGCAAGAAGAGGAGGUCGACAACGACUAGACCUGAUCUCCAAAAUGACUAUUCUACCCCUGCAACAAGAGAGCUUCUCUUCAUCCUCUGUUGCAGCACCAACCCUUCUUCUUCCUCUUCUCCUCCUUCGUUCUCUAGCCCUAAACCCAUUGGAACUCAACAGCAAUGUCUUCUUCCUCAUGAAGGCGAUGAAGUUGGGUUUGGGAACGUGGUGGGUCCAGGGCUAGUGCCGAGGUUUCUGUUCACUAUCGUGGAAGAAACAGUGGAGGAAAUGGAAUCCGAAGAUGGUGGGGUUUCCACAAAAGGAAAGAGUUUGAAUGAUUUGUUUCUAAAUAUGGAAAGUGGUUCAACUCCUCCGUUUCUCACUCCUCGUGCUUCUCCUUCGUUGUUCACGCCUCCUUUCACUCCGUUAACGGAGUCUUGUAACGGCAGAAGAGAAGAGGUCUUCUUCGAGUCGUCGACUGAUGCUGAGUUUAACAGGCUAGUGAGGUCAUCACCACAUUCACCAGCAUCAUCUUCAUCGCCAUUGCCGAGAUUCAAGUUCUUGAGAGACGCAGAGGAGAAGCUUUACAAGAGGAAAGUGACCGAGAUUUCAGAAGAAGCUGAGGAAGUCAGCUAGGGUUAAAUUGGUAAUAACAGAGUUUUUAAGAGUCGGAUUGUUGAAGAUGAGGUUUUUCAUCAAGAACAUGACAAAAGGUGGUCCAAGAACUUAAAAGAGUUUCAAAUCUUUAUACAAUUGAAAUAAUUGGAAUUUUUGCUAUUUUUUUUUUCUUUGGAUUUUAAUUGUCUUGGUAAAUUUUUUAUUUUAGCGUUUUGGCUGCUAUGCUUACCUUGUCAUCAGCAUUUUUUGGUCUGGAUUAUUUUGAAUUAAGCCAGUUUUGUAAAUUUUCAGUGGAUUAAUAAUUUGUUUAGCCAAUAGUUUGUGUGAUGGUUUAAUCAUGAUUUUAGAUAAAAAGUAUAAAUAACAGGCCUUGGAUUCGUUUUUGUUACUUUU